AUGUCAGGCGUUGGGGAAAUUUUGAAAGUGCUUGGUGAUUUUGGGCCGUUUCAGAAAUGGCUGGUGCUGUUCACUUUGUUUCCGUGCCUCAGUGUGGCUUUCCACCAGUUCUGCCAACUUUUCAUGGUUCCACACGUGCCCCACCACUGCGAUACCGGCUGGAUCCGCGCCGUCGGCCCCAACCUGACGGAGGAAGAGCAGCUGAACCUCACCCUGCCCCGGGACGCGGACGGGGUGUACGAGCAGUGCUCCAUGUACUCACCGGUGGACUGGGACCUUGACUCCAUCAUGGCAUACGGCCUGAACGCCACAGAGGAAUGCAGCAGUGGCUGGGUGUACCCCUUAGAGCAACCGCCGUCCCUGCUGACCGAGUUUGACCUGGUGUGUGACAGGAAGCACCUGAAUGACAUCUCCCAAUCCAUCUACAUGAUGGGGCUGUUUCUAGGAGCCAUGAUCUUUGGGCCACUAAGUGACAGGAUUGGCCGUCGGCCAGUCUUGCUGAUCUCCGUCUUCCUCCAGUGUUUGUUUGGUGUAGGAAUUGCCUUUGUGCCCCAUUUCUAUGUGUACAUGGCCUUCAGAUGUGUCGUGGGGGCUUCAGUGUCAGGGAUCACCAUGACGAUACUGGCCUUAGCUACAGAAUGGGUUGGUGCCUCCUACCGGCCAACGGCAGUGCUUAUUUCUCACUGCUGUUUCGCCAUCGGACAGAUGAUUUUGGCUGGCUUGAGUUAUGGUAUUCGCAACUGGAGGCUGCUGGAGAUUGCAGGAUCUGCUCCACUGUUUGCCUUUUUCUUCUACAUCUGGGUGCUACCAGAAUCAGCUCGGUGGCUGGUGACAAAAGGCAGAAUA